AUGGAGAAAACUACCUUCCAUCAUUUUCUCCUCACAAAAGUUGAAGAAGAAGAAGAAAUAAAGCGAUAUGGUUGUAGCCCUCAUGAGCGUCGUUGGGAGAUUGUUGAAAAAAGAGUUGAACCUCCCAAACUCUUGCAACUCUUCCCAUGGGAGAUCAACAAAGUUCUUAAUGCUAAUGAUGUUUCAUCUCUAGGGGCCCUUGAACUAACCCCUGAGCAAGUUCACAACCACAUUUUUAAGUAUUGGGAGGCAAACAUGGUGGCAAAAGUGCUUAAUAGUGAGCAAGUUCCUAUUGUCAUUAUUGAUGUUGACACCGAUACUAAGCAUAGCUUGUUUUUUAAGAAGUGGUCACAAGAUGAAAACUUCAUCAUUCAUUCUAGUUGGAUGAAUGAUUUUGUGAGGCGUCGAGAUCUUCAAGAGGGUAUGCUCAUUGGAAUGUAUUGGGACAUAAGGUCUUCAUCCUUUAAGUUCUCCAUAUUGAACAAUCACAUAGUUGAUUAG